AAGGCAUUACCACGCAGUACGCAUCUCCCCUCUAAAUUUUGUCAUAACAACAUGCGCGACCAGUGCACACUCAGGUCAUUACAAAAAUAUACAUAAACGUAUUAAUGUUUGGCAUUUGUUAUUCCUUGAAGCUCAAUAAUGAUUUCACUUUCUAACAAUGACUGGGAGAAGAGUGAAGUGGGUGAUAAACUUAGUCAACAAUUAUUCACAAAGACGAAUUCUCAAAAGAAGAAGAAGAAGAAUCGUGACAGAAAGAAGCUCAAAAACCCGAAGCUCCCACAGCAGAACAUCUCAACGCCUAUUGAAACCACUAAAGAUCAGAUAAUCAGCCUUAAAAAAAAUUUCAAAAUAAUAAAACAGAAGACACUGACAUCUAAGGUCGACAAGAAUGUUCAAUCUACUAAGAAAUCACCUAAGAGGAAUUCUCCAAAUGUCAAAAAGCAAGCAACCACGAAGAAGGAAUUCUUCAAAUCUCUGAAGCAAAAAUCAUUACUCUCGAAAUCGAAGGAAACCCCAAAAUUUGAAGAUCCAAAAAGCUCUCUAGAGAAAAAGGCUCAGAUUUCCCAAAACAAUGCAAAAUCUCCUAAAAAUCAAAAGCAAAAGAAGGGGAAGAACCGAAAUGAGGAGAGAAGGAACGUUUCAAAACCAAAUUUGAGGAAAAAUCUGAAGCCUGAGAAUCGACAAGAAUCGAAACGAAAGCUUGUUAAAUUAGAUCUGCAAGGGAACACAAAAAUAAAUGUUACCAAAUUGGCACAUCUGUUGAAAGAUAAAGGAGUGACGGAGAAAUCCCAGAGCCUGAGGGAGAGGAUGGUCGCUCAGUUGAGAGCAUCGAGAUUCAGAUAUCUAAAUGAAGAGCUUUACAAAAAUGACUCGACAGUUACAAAGCAAAUGUUCAAGGAGGAUCCGGAGGCUUUCAAGGCUUAUCAUGAUGGGUACCAGCAGCAGGUCAACCAUUGGCCUGUAAAUCCACUUGAUAUCAUAAUUGCUGCAGUAAAGAAAAUGCCGAAAGAUUGGAUAAUUGCUGAUUUUGGAUGUGGAGAGGCAAGACUAGCAGCUUCCGUUAGCCAAAAGGUCCAUUCUAUUGAUUUCGUGGCGUUGAAUGAUCGAGUGACCGCAUGUGAUAUGGCUCACACUCCCCUUCUGAUCGCUGGAGCCAAUGUCGUAGUAUUCUGUUUGUCUCUGAUGGGAACUAAUCUCAAUGAUUAUCUUCGAGAGGCGAAUCGGGUGUUGAAAAAAGACGGAAUUUUAAAAAUUGCUGAAGUCGAGAGUCGAUUCGACAAUAUCGAGGAGUUCAUGAACCUUCUAGCCAGCUUUGGAUUCAAAAAUACAUGGAAGGACUUGUCUCACAAUUUAUUUUAUUUCAUGGACUUUAAAAAAAUUUCCGAAGUUACCGUAAAAAAUCAGAAGAUCCCACAAUUAACGUUGAAACCUUGUUUAUAUAAGAAGAGAUAAUUAAACAAUGGUCCUAACAAACUUGUCCGGAAGCAUUUUCAAAACUUCAUUCGGAAGAAAAAAAGUCCAAUUCCAUCGUAGCGAUUACAAAUCAUUGUUAUCAUCUCCUCGAUGAUUCGAAAAAAAUUCGAAUAAUGCCAAAC